AUGGAAACACACAUGCCCGACUUUGCUCUGCCCUCCUCACACCAAACGCUGAAUGGACAGAAGAUGGCAAAAUCGGCAAGGGACUCUUUUUCAGCCUACAACAGCAAGUACCUCACUGUUCCUCACAACCGUACUUCCUGGCAUAGCAGUGGGACCAAUGAAGUGCUUGAAGCAUCAGUGGUGUCCCACAGGAGUUCUAUUAUCAACAACUACGUGGACGGAGCCCAGGGAGAUGCCCGGGACACGGCCUCCCCGAGCGGCCUGCACUUCAGGGACARCAAGAGGAAGGUUGACUAUGUCCUGGCCUACCACUACCGCCGACGCCUGGCCCGGCACACGCCCGGGGCGGCCUCUCCAGAGCCGGUGCRCAGAUCCGCCUCCGUGGCCCUGGUUUCCAACGGAGGCACCGGGAAUGGCCGUGCCGAGCCCCGGCAGCAGCAGCAGCAGGACGAUGGCCAGCGUGCUCUGCAUGAGGGGCCGGGGCUGCCGGGGCUGCCGGAGGGGGAGCUCAGCCCGCUGGACGCCCUGGAGGAGGAGAAGCGGCUGCAGCGGGAGGAGUACGAACAAAACCUGCUGGAAGCGGGGCUGGAGAUUGAGAAAGACCCUGAGAACAAGAGCCAAGGAUUGAGUUUUGUCCGUAUACACGCACCUUGGCAAGUCCUUAGUCGAGAAGCAGAAAUCCUUAAAAUAAAAAUGCCCACUAAAAAGAUGUACGAAAUCAAAGAAGAAGGGGGAAUGCUCAAAACAUUAAAUGAAAUAUGGUGCAAAUUGACAGAACCUCUGCAACCCCACGUGCCACAACAAGAAAAUACCAAGAYGAAAAACUUGUCCUACCCAUUUUCUAGAGAAAAAAUAUAUUUGUAUAACAUCAGAGACAAAAACACCUUUUUUGACAACGCCACCCGCAGCCGAAUAGUGAGAGAAAUUUUGAAGCGCACAUCUACAAAGGCCAGAAACAGCAUGGGCAUUGGCACAUUAAUAGCAAACAAUGUUUAUGAUGCAGCCUACCCACUUCACGAUGGUGAAUAUGAAGGACAAAAUGAAGACAUGAAUGAAAGAAAGUUGCUGUAUCAAGAAUGGGCAAGAUAUGGAGUCUUUUACAAGUUUCAGCCUAUUGAUCUCAUAAGGAAGUAUUUUGGAGAAAAGAUCGGACUUUAUUUUGCAUGGCUGGGUUUAUACACAGAAUUCCUCAUUCCGUCUUCGGUAGUUGGGAUUAUUGUAUUUCUAUAUGGAUGUGUAACCAUUGAAAGUGACAUUCCUAGUARAGAGAUGUGUGACCAACGCAAUGCCUUCACCAUGUGCCCCCUGUGUGACAAGUUCUGUGAUUACUGGAACCUCAGCUCUGCCUGUGCCACCGCUCGAGCGAGUCACUUGUUUGACAACCCUGCCACGGUUUUCUUCUCCAUCUUUAUGGCUCUCUGGGCUACCAUGUUCCUUGAACAAUGGAAGCGUUUGCAGAUGAGAUUGAGUUACUUCUGGGAUCUAAGUGGACUGGAAGAAGAAGAAGAGCAUUCCAGACCAGAGUACGAAACCAAACUGCUGCAGAAAAAGCUGAAAAAGAAAAACAUCACAACAGAAAAUUCAAAYGAGAAUGAAAAGGAGAAGCUGACAUGGAGUGACCGCAUGCCUGGAUACGCAGCAAACUUUGGGCUGAUUUUAUUUAUGAUUAUGCUGACAUUUUCAGCAGUGUUUGGUGUCAUUGUGUACAGAAUCACUACAGCAGCAGCCUUGUCCUUCAGCACAAAUGAGACAACCAGGUCCAACGCUCGAGUGACKGUGACUGCCACUGCUGUCAUCAUAAACCUCGUGGUGGUCCUUAUUCUUGAUGAAAUUUAUGGAGCUGUGGCCAAAUGGCUGACAGAAAUUGAAAUUCCAAAAACAGAGAAAACCUUUGAGGAGAGAGUGGUUUUGAAAGCAUUCCUACUGAAGUUUGUGAAUUCUUAUGCAUCAAUUUUUUAUGUUGCCUUUUUUAAAGGAAGGUUUGUUGGCCGUCCUGGUCGUUAUGUGUACGUGUUCGAAGGGUAUAGGAUGGAAGAGUGUGCUCCAGGAGGGUGUCUGAUGGAACUCUGCAUUCAGCUGAGCAUCAUCAUGCUUGGAAAACAACUGAUCCAAAACAAUCUGUUUGAAAUUGGAAUCCCGAAGCUAAAGAAGCUCUUCAGGAAGCUGAAGGAUGAAAGAUCUGAGCCAAAGGAAAUGGACUCCAACCAAUCAAAGGCCCCUCAGCAAUGGGAUCUUGACUACACCUUGGAACCUUUCACUGGGCUGACUCCAGAAUACAUGGAAAUGAUUAUCCAGUUUGGCUUUGUCACACUCUUUGUUGCCUCCUUUCCUCUGGCUCCUCUCUUUGCWCUUCUGAACAACAUCAUUGAAGUUCGCCUUGAUGCAAAGAAGUUUGUUACUGAGCUGAGGAGGCCAGACACAGUGAGAGAAAAAGAUAUAGGUAUUUGGUAUAACAUUUUGAGUUGCAUUGGAAAGCUCUCAGUGAUCAUUAAUGCUUUCGUCAUCGCUGUCACCUCUGAUUUCAUCCCACGCCUUAUGUAUCAAUAUGCAUACAGCCAGAAUGGAACCCUGCAUGGCUUCAUCAAUCACACYCUCUCAUACUUCAAUGUCAGUCAGCUCAAGGCUGGGACACAGCCAGAAAACUCCCUGUUUGCACAGGAUGUUUCAUUCUGCAGGUUCAAAGACUACAGAGAGCCACCCUGGUCCCCACAGCAGUACGAGUUUUCUAAGCAGUACUGGGCGGUCCUAUCUGCUCGCUUGGCUUUUGUGAUUCUGUUUCAGAAUUUGGUGAUGUUCCUCAGUGUUCUGGUUGACUGGCUGAUCCCUGACAUCCCCAAGGACAUCAGUGAACAGAUCAAAAAGGAGAAAGCAUUGCUUGUUGACUUCUUCCUGAAGGAAGAGCAUGAAAAGCUGAAGCUGAUCGAAAGCUUUAUCGCACGUGACAAGCGAAAACGCAGAAGUGGGACCAAAAGCAAAAGGGCUGCCAGCUUCUCCCAGUGCCACCGCAGCCCCAAGGGCAGCUUCACCUCCUUCAGCUCACAGCACACUGUGGUGUGACUCCUGAGGGAGGGAAACAGCCUCUGCUUACUGUGUGAUGUGAUUCUGAGCCUGGAGCAAGGAAAGGAGGGACAAGAGCAAGAGGAGGCUGGUUUGCUUCCUUAAAACCUCCAGAUGUGAGGGUCUCUAUUAGAAUUUAAAUGCUCUCUGGGCUGCAGCAUUCCCAGACUUUAUCAGUGUGAGAUAAGGGCUAUGCUGUGGCUGUAGCUGGUUCUUGUGGUGAUGAUGUGAGUUGGGUGGGCAUGCGGGAAUUCUCCUGGUAGGAACUCUCCUGGCUCGUGGGACUGCAGCCAUCCCUUCUCCUGCAGAUUCCCAGGGGUGCACAGGGACACUCCUGCUUUAGUCUCUACCCUUGGGCAGAUUGGACUGACCCURGGGAAGGACUGACCAUGGAGAGGUGCACACAGAUCAUGAUCUCAUCGCCUGUAGCUGCCAGAGGAGGAUUUGCAAACAUGUGGAGUUUCAAGGAGUCACGGUGCCUUCCUAAAAUACACUGCCACAUGGUGCCACCUCUGUAGGACAUGCAGGGCUCUGGGAGAUCAGGGAUCAGAAGGAAUUUARAUCACUGGGUGCUUGCAUCUAUGGAUAUAUUGUGCUUUGCUUAGCAGGAGCUGGAGYGCACGUGCUGGUGAGCAGGGAGGCCACAAUGCGUGCAUCUGAAUGGCUGAAGCUGCCAGACCCAGGGAAGCUCUUUGGCAUUCACUGUCCUGAAUAAAAAAACUAAAAACCAAACCCUGCAUGUUGGAUUGUCCUCUCACUUAGGCUUGGAAUCCUGCCAGCGUYGAGAGGAAUCACGCCACUGAACCACCAGUGUGAAGCUGAGGAGUGAGAAUGGAAUCAAGCCCUGUAAAUCAUGUGGCAUCUUCAUGUACACUGCACGUAAAGUAACAAAAAUUGCUGCUGUUGUGAUUUACUGUAAAAUAUUUCGCAGAACUGCCUUUCCUUGGAAGAUAAACAUAUUCACUAACCAAGCUUUCACCUACAAGCAUUUAAUGAAUACCUGUA